AUGACUGGCGCACACUCUGGUCCCGGCCUUGGCGAUGCCAUCCGCAAGGGUGUGAACAUGGUUCAUGGAACUGGCGAAGCCAUCCGUGGCAAUGCAAUGUCCAUGGUCGACGAAGCAAGCGGCGACAAGGCGAGCGCAUUCAAGAACCAAGAGAUUGCCAACAAGGGAGUUGAUGAAUGGGACAGUGGCUACCGGGGUCAUGCCACAAGUGCUGGUGUUGCUCCUACCAAUACCACUUCCACAUCUACAAACUACGGCCCACACGACUCCAACAUUGGUAACAAGCUGGACCCAAGAUUUGAUUCAGACACAGACCACAGGGGAACAGCAACCAACUCUACCAAUGCUGGUCCCCAUUCGACCAACAUGGGCAACAAGCUUGACCCGCGCUUCGACUCUGAUCAAGAUCACCGAGCUGAUCCUACUUCUACAAUUGGUGGUACGGGAUACGAUGCACGCAGAUAG